AUGCACCGCGCUGCCUCCAACCAGCGCUCGGUCUCCUCCUCCUCGGGCUCCUUCCAGCCGCCGCCGCCGCCGCCGCCGCUGCCGCCGCACGCCGCCGACCGGCAGCCCCUCUUCCAGAGGGGCUCCAGCAGCGGCGGCAGCCGGCGGGGCUCGGGGUCGAGCUCGGGCUCGGCGCGGGCCCGCCGCCCUCGCAGCCCCCGCAGCAGCGCCGAGGAAGAGGAGGAGGAGGAGGAGGAGGAGGAGGAGGAGGACAGCAGCAGCAUCAGCAAGCCCCUGGUGCCGCCGCCCGCCACCCCGCUGCCCGCCGCCGCCUCGCCGCUCCCCAGCAGCAGCAGCAGCAUCAGCAGCGGCGGCGGCGGCGGCGGCGGCGGCGUGAGCCCGGGCCGCAGCAUGACGGCGGCGGAGCUGUACGGGGCGGCGGCGGGGCCCGGCGGGGCGGGGGGAGGGCGGCGCUGGGGCUUCCAGGCGCUGUCCCUGGUGCUGCUGCUGGGGCAGGGCGCGCUGCUGGACCUCUACCUGAUCGCCGUCACCGACCUGUACUGGUGCAGCUGGAUCGCCACCGACCUGGUGCUGGCGGCCGGCUGGGGCAUCUUCUUCUGCCGCAACAGCCGGGCGCGCCGCCGGGAGCGGCCCCCGCCGCCCCCCGGGCCGCCGCCGCCGCACCCGCUGCUGCUGCACGGCCCCCCCGGCGGCCGCGGGGCCGGGGGCCGCGGGGCCGGGGUCCCCCCCCGCGGCGGCGACUUCGCCUACGCGCACCUCGCCUGGCUCAUCUACUCCAUCGCCUUCACGCCCAAGGCGGCGCUGAUCCUGGGCACCUCCAUCCUGGAGCUGAUCGAGCUGCGCCUGCCGCUGGGCACCACCGGCUUCCGCAUCACCCUGGCGCUCUCCGCGCCGCUGCUGUACUGCCUGCUGCGGGCCAUCGGCACCGAGGGCGCCGGGCAGCUGCUCCUGCCGCCGCAGCCGCCGCCGCAGCACCGCGCCGCCGCCGCCUUCCUCGCCACCUGCCUCGACCUGCUCGACAGCUUCUCCCUGCUGGAGCUGGUGCUGCAGCCCGGGCGGCCGGCGCCGCUGCCCGCCCCGCUGCGCUACCUGCUCAUCGCCGUCUACUUCCUCUGCCUGGCCUCGCCGGUGCUGUGGCUGUACGAGCUGAGCGCCGCCCGCCCGCCCGGCGCCGCCCGCCUCGCCCUGCACCUCCUGCUGCCCGCCGGGCUGCUGGACGCGCCGCUGCUGGCGCUGCGCUGCCUCCUGCUCCUGCGCUACCAGCAGCCGCUGUCCCUCUUCAUGCUGAAGAACCUCUUCUUCCUGACCUGCCGCGGCCUGGAGGCGCUGGAGACCUGCUGCCUCCUCCGCCCCGCCGCCGCCCCGCCGCCCGCCAAGUACGGCCCGGCCGCCGCCGCCCCCGCCGCAGCCCCGCUGGCCCACGGGCUCUCCGACGUGGACGUGGGUCCCCACGGGUACGUGAACGCCUUGGCGGUCACCGCCCAGGGCUGAGCCCCCCCCGGCCGCCCCCGGACGGGCUCCCGCCGCCUCCGCGCCCGCUCCCGGCAGAGUCUCUGUCUCUGCGUUCUGCUCAGGUUCCCUCCGCCGUGGC